GGAGGCGAUCGGGAGCGGGGCGCCGGCAAUUCGGAUUGAGCCUUCUCCCUCCACCCGCUUCCGCCGGCCGGGCCCCCCCCGCCCCGACCCCGCGGGGCUCCCCACCCCGCCCCCGCGGCUCCCCACCGCCGCCCCUCGGCCGGUCCCCCUCCCCCCCCUCGGCUUUCCCUUCUCCCUCCCUCCCUCCUCGGCUCCGACAUGAGGGGCAGGCGGGGCAGGCCGCCCAAGCAGCCCGCGGCAGGCGCUGCGGAGCGCGGCGCCCCGGCUCCCCCGCCGCCGCCGCCGCCGCCGCCACCGCCACCUCCGGCCGGGCCCAUCGGGGGGCUCCGCUCCCGGCACCGAGGCAGCAGCCGGGGCAGGUGGGCCGCCGCCCAGGCGGAGGUGGCGCCCAAGGCGCGGCUGAGCUCCCCUAGGGGGGGCGGCGGUAGCCGGAGGAAGCCGCCGCCGCCGCCACCGCCGCCGCCGCCGCCGCCGCCGGCCGCCCCCCCCAGCAGCAGCCCCAGCGCCGGCGCCCCGGGCCGGGGGGGGAGAGGAGGCGGGGGAGGCAGAGCUGGAGGCGGGGGCGGCGGCGGCGGCGGCCACCACCUGGCCCGGGCCACCCCGUCCAGGAGGAGCAUCAGCAAAGUGGUGUACGAUGACCACGAGAGCGAAGAGGAGGACGAGGACGAGGAUAUGGUCUCCGAGGAAGAGGAGGAAGAAGGGGACCCCGAGGAGACGCAAGACUCAGAAGAGGAGGAGGAGGAGGAUAUUAUGGAGGACGACGACGAUGACUCCGAUUAUCCCGAGGAAAUGGAAGACGACGACGAUGCCAGCUAUUGCACCGAGAGCAGCUUCAGGAGCCACAGCACCUACAGCAGCACCCCAGGGAGAAGAAGACAGAGAGUACAUCGCCCUCGUUCUCCAAUAUUGGAAGAAAAAGAUAUCCCACCUCUUGAAUUUCCUAAAUCGUCUGAGGACUUAAUGGUGCCCAAUGAGCAUAUAAUGAAUGUUAUAGCCAUAUAUGAGGUCCUGCGGAACUUUGGCACUGUUUUACGCUUAUCUCCUUUUCGUUUUGAGGACUUCUGUGCUGCUCUCGUAAGUCAAGAACAAUGCACGCUUAUGGCAGAGAUGCAUGUAGUACUUUUGAAAGCAGUUUUACGUGAAGAAGACACUUCAAAUACUACUUUUGGACCUGCUGACCUGAAAGAUAGUGUUAAUUCCACCCUAUAUUUCAUAGAUGGAAUGACAUGGCCAGAGGUUCUGCGGGUGUAUUGUGAGAGUGACAAGGAAUACCAUCAUGUUCUUCCUUAUCAAGAAACAGAGGACUAUCCUUAUGGACCAGUACAAAAUAAAAUCAAAGUUCUGCAGUUUUUAGUGGAUCAGUUUCUUACAACGAACAUUGCUCGUGAAGAAUUGAUGUCUGAAGGAGUGAUACAAUACGAUGACCACUGUAGGGUUUGUCAUAAACUUGGGGAUUUGCUUUGCUGUGAAACUUGCUCAGCUGUAUACCAUUUAGAGUGUGUGAAACCACCUCUUGAGGAGGUACCAGAGGACGAAUGGCAGUGUGAAGUCUGUGUGGCACACAAGGUACCUGGUGUAACUGACUGUGUUGCUGAAAUCCAAAAAAAUAAACCAUAUAUUCGACAUGAACCUAUUGGAUAUGACAGAAGUAGAAGGAAAUACUGGUUCUUAAACAGAAGACUCAUUAUAGAGGAAGAUUCAGAAAAUGAAAAGGACAAGAAACUUUGGUACUAUAGCACAAAGGUCCAGUUGGCAGAAUUAAUUGAAUGUCUAGACAAAGAUUACUGGGAAGCUGAGCUUUGUAAAACUCUAGAAGAAAUGCGUGAAGAAAUUCAUCGGCAUAUGGAUAUAACUGAAGACCUGACUAAUAAAGCACGUGGAAGUAACAAAUCCUUCCUGGCUGCUGCAAAUGAUGAAAUUUUGGAAGCUACCAAAUCCAAAAAAGGAAGUGACAUUGAAGAUGCUAAAAGUCCAGUUCCAGAAGAAACAGACAAGGAAAAAAAUGAAUCUGAAAAUAACAGCCAAAAAGAUUCUGAGAAAAGCAAAGAAGAGCUUUCAGAUCAACCCCAGGAAAAAAAUAAAGAAGAAAAAACAUGUGGUGGUGAUUCUGAAAAAGGAAAGCCAGAGGAGCCAAAAGAUGUUGGGGAUAAAGGUAACACUGGCGACAACACAACAAAUACUUCUUCAGGAGAAACUAGUCCCCCUGAAGGGAAGAGCACAGUUGGGUCCCCCUCAGAAACCCAUGAUAGCAACAACAUGGCAGAGAAGAAGGUGGCUCCUGAGCUACCCCAGGAUGUACCAGAAGAAUCUACCAAGUUGAAUGAUGGCAAUAAUACUGCUACAGUGCCCAACCCGCCUUACCCUGAAAAUAGCAACAGUAGUAGUGAAUUAAAUUCUUCUCAGAGUGAAUCUUUUACUAAAACAUCUGAAGAUCCUGAAAAUGGAGAAAGAGAGUCUCAUACACCUUUAUCUGUUCAAGAAGAAAUAGAUUUCAAAUCAGAGAAAUCUAAUGGGGAAAGAAGUGAUUCUCCUGGAACAGGGAAAGGUACACCUGGCUCAACUCGAAUGGUUACAAGAUUACGAAAUCCAGACAGCAAGCUGAGUCAACUAAAGAGCCAACAGGUUGCUGCAGCAGCACAUGAAGCAAAUAAAUUAUUUAAGGAAGGCAGAGAGGUUCUGGUAGUUAACUCUCAAGGAGAAAUUUCACGAUUGAGCACUAAGAAGGAGAUAAUUAUGAAAGGAAAUAUCAACAACUUUUUCAAGCUAGGUCAAGAGGGAAAAUACCGCGUCUAUCACAAUCAGUAUACCACCAAUUCUUUUGCACUGAACAAACAUCAGCACAGAGAAGACCAUGAUAAGAGAAGGCAUCUUUCGCAUAAAUUUUGCUUGACUCCAGCAGGAGAGUUCAAAUGGAAUGGUUCUGUACAUGGGUCCAAAGUACUUACCAUAUCCACCCUGAGAUUAACCAUCAUCCAGCUGGAAAACAAUAUCCCAGCACCAUUUCUGCAUCCUAAUUGGGCCUCUCACAGGUCAAAUUGGAUCAAAGCUGUUCAGAUGUGUAGCAAACCUAGAGAAUUUGCUUUGGCUUUGGCCAUUUUAGAAUGCGCCAUUAAACCAGUUGUCAUGCUGCCAAUCUGGCGGGAAUCUUUAGGACAUACCAGAUUACACAGAAUGACAUCAAUUGAAAGAGAAGAAAAGGAAAAAGUGAAAAAAAAAGAGAGAAAACAGGAGGAGGAGGAAACAAUGCAACAAGCCACAUGGGUUAAAUAUACAUUUCCAAUCAAGCAUCAGGUUUGGAAACAAAAAGGAGAAGAAUAUAGAGUAACAGGCUAUGGUGGUUGGAGUUGGAUUAGUAAAACACACGUUCAUAGGUUUGUCCCUAAAUUACCUGGAAAUACUAAUGUGAAUUACAGAAAAAUAUUAGACACCAAAAAUCUUGACUCUGGUGAAAAUGAAUGUGAACUAGAUAAAAGAAAAAAUCUAACACAAAGUCCAACAAAAAUAAAAUUAGAGACCAACUCUCAGAAAAGCAAGGCAAGUGAUUCAGAAGUGCUACAAGAAAUAGACCAAACUGAAAUGGAAACUACAAAAAUUUGCGAGAAGAAAGACCAAACUAAAGAAGAAAGCACAAUGCUUAAAGAAAAACCUGAAGUUGAUGUGACAUCUUCAGAUGUGGUUACUGCAAAAAGAAAAGAUGAGAAAGAAAUAAUUAAUUCUGAAAGUGAUAAACCUAUCAAGGAAGAACCUAUGGAGAUAGAUGAAAUAAAUACAGAUUCAUCCAUAAGAUGUGAGGAAAACUCUUUUAAGACAGAUGUAAUUAAUGUCAGUGAGGGUUUUCAUCUAAGGACUAGUUACAAAAAGAAAGUAAAAUCAUCCAAAUUAGAUGGACUUCUUGAAAGGAGAGUUAAGCAGUUUACUUUAGAAGAAAAACAGCGUCUAGAAAAAAUGAAGUUGGAAGGAAAAACUUCCAUGGGUCCCCUGAAAAGCAUGACUGAAUCACGUGUAUUAAUGAAAGCAAAAGAAGGGAACCAGGCCAACUUGGUUGACCAGGAGAAAACACAUGGUUCUAAUAAUAACAGAACAGAAGAUCUAAUUCAAGAAUGUUCACAAAAUAAUGAAAACUCUAAUAGGAUCAGUGGCUCUGAUUUGACAGGUAAACAUUCCACAAAAGGUCAGGUACUAGAUAAAAUCUCCAUUCAGAGUCCAGAACCAAACUUCCAGAAACAAAAUUCUGUCAUCAAGGAUGAAACUGUGAUUGCUGAUAAAUAUCAAGAGCAGGUCAAGCUUAAAACAAAAGAAGAUGAUACCCUCAAUAUGGAUGACCAGCCAGUCAGUCAAGAUGAAAAAAAUAUGUUGGCCACUAAAAAGGAAAAUAAUUUCCUACCAGUAAAUGCUGCAGUUUCUCUUCCUGAAAGUGUAUCGGAACCAAUGGUUCAUGAAAGUACCGGUGACACAGAUGCUCCAGCUACCUCUGAAGCAAGAGGUUCAGAUGAAAAAUGUGGAAAACAGACAUGCGACUCUGAAAAUAAUAGCACUUUGGAAAAGAGCUCUGAAUUUGGAUUCACUCAGGACAAUAAAGAGGAUGAUGUGUUUCUUCAGAACAGCCAUAAAAGUAAUUCAAAAAGCUCCAAAGGGAAUCAGGAACAAGUUCUUGAAGAUCAAAAUUUAGUUUCAGACAUGUCUUCUGAAAAGCAAACUUUUGAACAUUUACCCAGAGAAAAAACCAGUGGUGACAUGUUGCACUGUAAAAUAACUGAAGCUAAUGGUGAAAAACUAUGUCAGGAGCAGAAAUUAGAGAGCUCAGUGAAUAAAUGUCUUCAUCAAGUAAGCCUAAAGAACAUGACAGACAAAAAGAAUAGUGAAAAUGGAGAUACUGAAAGAAAAGGAGAGAAAGAAAUGGCGACUACAUUUCAGAUUAAUGGAAAAGAUAAUGAAUUUAAGGUGUUUUCCAAAGAUGAAUACAUGAAAGACAUCUCUGAUAGUAAGAUAGGAACUGGUAGUGUUGAACCAAAGGUUAAUAGUAUUAAAACAAUUCCUGAACAUGAGAUCAAACCAUUAUUUAAGGAAGCUCCUGUAAAGCCAUUCAUGAAUGGAGAUGUCAUCAUGGAAGAUUUAAAUGAAAAAAGUAACUUAAACACAAAAUCAUGUUUACUUAGUUCUUCAGAUAUUGAUGGUAAAUACCAGGAUAACAUAGAGAAUCUAAUAUCAGUCAAAGGACCCAAAAGUAUGCAACAUUUGGUUGAAAAACACUGUUCUAAAGAAAGAGCUGCUUCUGUUGAUAGUCCUUCCAUUGCGCCUUCACCAUCCUGUAAAGAGAGUAGCUCAAUUAAUCAAGUAGAAAAUAUGGAGGUUGAAACCUCAGAAGUUAAAAAAGUUCCUCCAUCACCUAUUACGUCUGGUGAAGAAUCUAACCUAAGUAUUGACUUUAAUGAUCAAAAUGGUCUGCCUACUAACAAAAUGGAAAAUGGAAAUGGAAAUGCCACAAGAAAAACAGUGAUCACAGAAGUUACAACAACAACAUCAACUGUGGCCACAGAAUCAAAAACUGUAUUUAAAGUUGCAGAAGUAUUGGCUUCCCAAGAUGAUGGACAAUCAGUGGUCUCCUCUACUGAAAAUUGUGCAAUGUCCACUGUAACCACCACUACUACUACUGUGACAAAACUGAGCACACCCACCAAUGGAAGUAAUGCAGAUGUCAUCUCUGUGAAGGAGCACAGUAAAACUGUUGUUACAACAACAGUCACUGAUUCACUGACCACUCCAGGGGGCACAUUGGUAACGUCAAUGACUGUGAGCAAAGAGUAUUCUACAAAAGACAAAGUAAAGCUAAUGAAAUUUUCCAGACCCAAGAAAACUCGUUCUGGCACAGCUUUGCCAUCCUAUAGGAAAUUUGUUACCAAGAGCAGCAAAAAGAGCAUAUUUGUUUUGCCUAAUGAUGACUUGAAAAAGUUGGCCAGAAAAGGUGGCAUCCGAGAGGUACCUUGUUUUAAUUACAAUGCAAAACCUGCAUUGGAUAUAUGGCCAUAUCCAUCUCCAAGACCAACUUUUGGUAUCACAUGGAGAUAUAGACUUCAGACAGUAAAAUCAUUGGCUGGAGUAAGUCUUAUGUUGCGGUUACUCUGGGCAAGUUUAAGGUGGGAUGAUAUGGCAGCCAAAACUCCUCCUGGGGGAGGGACUACUCGAACAGAAACAUCUGAUACAGAAAUUACAACAACUGAGAUAAUUAAGAGGAGAGAUGUUGGUCCAUAUGGCAUUAGAUCAGAAUAUUGCAUCAGAAAAAUAAUCUGUCCUAUUGGUGUUCCAGAGGCUCCAAAGGAAACACCUACACCUCAGAGGAAAGGGCUACGAUCAAGUGCACUGAGGCCAAAGAGGCCAGAAACACCUAAGCAAACAGGUCCUGUUAUAAUUGAAACCUGGGUAGCAGAAGAAGAAUUGGAAUUGUGGGAAAUCCGAGCAUUUGCAGAAAGAGUGGAGAAGGAAAAGGCACAGGCAGUUGAACAACAGGCUAAGAAACGAUUGGAGCAGCAGAAACAGUUACCUGCCGUAAUUGCAGCCUCUACCACCACUACAACAAACAGUACCACCAACACUGUCUCUACCCCACAGAAAGUUGUGGUAGCCCCUAUAAGUGGCCCAGUUACCACUGGAACCAAAGUGGUACUCACAGCUAAGGUUGGAUCUCCAGCCACAGUGACAUUCCAGCAGAACAAGAACUUCCAUCAGACAUUUGCUACCUGGGUUAAACAAGGCCAGUCAAGUUCAGCCACCAGCACAGCUGCUACAUCUGCUACAACCAUUGCCAGCACAGGUCAGACGUUCCAAAUUACAGGCAGUCCAGUUACUAUGGCAGGAAAAGUAAUUACCAAACUACCGCUUCCUGCAAAUAGCAAGAUUGUUGCUGUAAAUGUGCCAACAACACAAGGAGGUGUUGUUCAGGUUCAGCAGAAAGUCCUGGGUAUCAUUCCAUCAAGUACAGGUGCAAGUCAGCAAACCUUUACUUCAUUCCAGCCAAGAACAGCUACAGUCACUAUUAGACCAAAUACCCCAGGCACUGUAGGUACCACAAGUAGUUCACAGGUAAUCACAGGGACUCAGAUCCGUCCUGGUAUGACAGUGAUUAGAACACCACUCCAACAAUCAACCCUAGGAAAGACAAUUAUUCGAACACCUCUGAUGGUACAGCAAGGUAUUCUUCCAGCCAGUCAAACUCAACAAGUCGUAACCCAAAUCAUCAGGGGACAACCUGUUUCUACUGCAGUAUCUAGUCCUAAUGCAGCAUCUUCAGGUUCUGGACAAAAGGUAGUAACAUCAGGAGCCCCUGUUCCACAUAUACAACCUUCGUCCUCCACCCCACAGCCUCCUCGGCCCCAGCAAGGACAAGUGAAACUUACGAUGGCUCAGCUCACUCAGUUAACACAGGGCCAGGGUGGCAGUCAGGGUUUGACUGUUGUAAUUCAAGGACAGGGGCAAACUACUGGACAGCUGCAACUGAUCCCUCAAGGGGUAACAGUAAUUCCAGGGCCAGGCCAACAGUUAAUGCAAGCUGCAAUGCCAAAUGGUACCAUUCAGCGAUUUCUUUUCACCCCUUUGCCUACAACAGCUACAGCAGCCAGCACUACUACAACAAUUUCCACUUCAACAUCAGCUACAAGUGAGCAGAAACAAACCACACAAUCAGCUCAGACCCCGGCUCAGCCCAUCCAAGCCCUACCAUCAGCUCAGCAACCAACUCAGAAUCAGCCACAAGCCCAGCCUCAGACUGUUCAACCUUCAGCUCAGCCCCAGACCCCAACCCAGACUCAGCCCCAGUCCCCCAACCAAACUCAGGCCCAACCACAAGCCCAACCUGAGGCUCAGACUCACACUGAAGUCCAACCCCAAUCAACAGCUUCAUCCCCUGUCACUUCUGAAGCACAACCUAUCCCAACACAUUCAAGUAAGACUCAAGUCACAAUACAAUGUCAGCCUCAGAACCAGGUCCAAGGGCAAUCUCCAGUUCGAGUCCAAAGUCCACCACAGGCUCGAGUACUUUCACCAGCUUCAUCCAAUGGACCCACUGUAUGUCAAGCCCCAGUCCAGACAACAACUUCACAGCCAGUUCAAAUUCAACCACAUACAUCGGUUCAGAUUCAGUCCCAAGUACAACCACCAUCACAGCCCCAGCUUCAAUCUUCUAUACAAACUCUCCCAACAACACAAACUUUGAAUCAAGUUACUGUAACUUCCCCAUCCCGUCCUCAGCUACAAAUCCAACAGCCACAGACACAAGUCAUUACUGUGCCUCAGCUACAACAACAAGUCCAGGUUCUCUCUCAAAUUCAGUCACAUGUUGUGGCUCAGAUACAGGCUCAGCAGGGUGUUGUUCCUGGGCAAAUUAAACUUCAGUUACCUAUUCAGAUUCAGCAAACCAGCCCUGUGCAGGCUCACCAGAUCCAGAAUGUGGUCACUGUGCAAGCUGCCAGUGUACAGGAGCAAUUGCAAAGGGUUCAACAACUCAGGGAACAACAACAAAAGAAGAAACAGCAGCAGAUAGAAAUUAAACGUGAACAUACCCUCCAAGCCUCUAAUCAAAGUGAAAUUAUCCAAAAACAGGUGGUGAUGAAACAUAAUGCUGUGAUAGAACACUUAAAACAAAAAAAGACUAUGACUCCAGCUGAAAGAGAAGAAAAUCAGAGAAUGAUAGUCUGUAACCAGGUGAUGAAGUUUAUUUUGGAUAAGAUAGAUAAAGAAGAAAAACAGGCAGCUAAGAAACGAAAACGGGAAGAGAGUGUGGAACAGAAGCGUAGCAAACAAAAUGCUACCAAGCUAUCAGCUCUGCUCUUCAAACAUAAAGAACAACUCAAAGCGGAAAUAUUGAAAAAGAGAGCACUACUAGACAAAGAUCUUCAAAUAGAAGUGCAGGAAGAGCUAAAGAAAGAUCUCAAUAAGAUUAGGAAAGAAAAGGAGAAAGCACAGGCUGCAGCAGCUGCAGCUAUAUCUGCAGUAGCAACUCCACCACCCCCACCUCCACCACCAACACCCCCACCACCACCACCACCACCACCACCACCACCACCACCACCACCACCACCACCUCCACCACAGCAUUCAAUCAAUGUCACAUCAACUCCAACAUUGCCAAUACCUGUAUCUUCCCAAAAAAGAAAAAGAGAUGAGGAGAAAGAGUCUUCAGCUUCUAAAUCCAAGAAAAAGAAAAUGAUUUCCACUACCUCAAAGGAAACUAAGAAGGACACAAAGCUUUACUGUAUCUGUAAAACGCCUUAUGAUGAGUCUAAGUUCUAUAUUGGCUGUGAUCUUUGUACUAACUGGUAUCAUGGAGAAUGUGUUGGCAUCACAGAAAAGGAGGCUAAGAAAAUGGAUGUGUACAUCUGUAAUGAUUGUAAACGGGCACAAGAGGGCAGCAGUGAGGAAUUGUACUGUAUCUGCAGAACACCUUAUGAUGAGUCACAAUUUUACAUUGGUUGCGACCGAUGUCAAAAUUGGUAUCAUGGGCGCUGUGUUGGUAUUUUGCAAAGUGAAGCAGAUCUCAUUGAUGAGUAUGUCUGUCCACAAUGCCAGUCAACUGAGGAUGCCAUGACAGUACUCAGUCCAUUGACAGAUAAAGAUUAUGAAGGAUUAAAACGAGUACUACGUUCCUUACAGGCUCACAAGAUGGCAUGGCCUUUCCUAGAGCCAGUGGAUCCUAAUGAUGCACCAGAUUAUUAUGGUGUUAUCAAGGAACCAAUGGAUCUUGCCACCAUGGAAGAAAGAAUACAGAAGCGUUAUUACAAAAAACUGACAGAAUUUGUGGCAGAUAUGACCAAAAUUUUUGAUAACUGUCGUUACUACAAUCCAAGUGACUCCCCUUUUUACCAAUGCGCAGAAGUUCUUGAAUCAUUCUUUGUACAGAAAUUAAAAGGAUUCAAGGCAAGCAGAUUGUGAUAUCUUUAGUCUGAACUUUUUAACUGGAAUCAAAGCUGGAUGUUGGGGGUCACUCAUACUUUCAUUGUACCAUGUCAUUUACUUAAUUCAAACCCUGCCUCCAGAAAGUUCAGAUUAGUUAACAGAAUUUUUUAAAUGUUUAAAGAUGUAUAGCAGUAAACAAUCAUUUCCUAGCAGCCAUGUUGAACAAUGUAUUAAAAACAAAAUUAUUGUAAAUUCUGGGAAUACUGUAUUAAAAAAGUCUUGCAACAUAAAGUCUGUUGGCUUAGUUAGUCCUGGAAACUCUGUACAGUAUUUUCGUCAUACUAACUACAGUUGUGAAUAAAACUGUGAAGUUUAGAAAGGAGAUUGUCUGAAUUUUUAUUAGAAAAAUGUGAUUUUAAUUACUGUUAAAUGUUGCUUUUUUUUUACAUCUCAAAUUUCCCCUAUCCCAACAACCCAAAUCAAUGUAAAUUAGUUUGUACAUAUUUUUUAACCAUAAUGGUGAUAUUUCUGUAAAUGUCUUUUUCCCUAUGGCUAAAAAUUUUGUAACCUUUAUUAGUAAAAUAUAUUUUUAAGUGUUGGGGGAUUUUCCAGAAAAAAAAUCAUGUUUAGUGUACAGUAAGAAAAUUUUAAUUCAGUAGGCUAAAAAAAACCUUUCUGAAUGUCAGAAAUCAUUGUAUCUAUAGUACUGGCUGCUUCCCCUCUGACUAAUUGACCUUGGUUGGCAUCGGCUUACAGCCUCAUUGUUCUCCAAAAUGAAGGGUGCUUAAUUGUUCCCUUUUUUCUGUAUUCUGCAGGUCUCAUAACAACAAACUGCAGUCUACAGCUUCUUAGAGUUCAGCGUGUUAAUCUAAUACAAAACACAGCAAGAAUCUGGUUAUCUGAAAAGUUUAAAUAAAAUUAAGAAGCCAGAUGUUUUUUAGUCAGGUUCUCCUGACAAGACUUGACCUAAACUUCGUUUUUAUUGGUCACAACAGUCAAAAUUAUAUUCUUGGCCUAUUUUGUCCAGCGGACAAAGGAAAACAAAAUCAGCACCAUUUUCUUGUCAAGAUCAAAUUGUUUUACUAUUGUGGCAGAAGCGAGAAAACUUUGUUUAUUGGAAAGAGAGAAAAAGAAAACAAGAAAAAAGAUAAAUGGGGUCAAGUUUUAACUCCAUGGAAAUGCCACGUCUGCUCUUCAGUGAAGAAGCUGGUUUAAAGUCACACAGAAAACUUUGACUGUAUUUAUUUAUUGUUGCAAAAAAGACGCUUUUUUUAUUGCUGCCCUCAUUUGUCAGCUAAUUAUUUUUUCUUAAAAAAAAAAAAAAAUCCAGCCCCAGUUACAUGUAAUCCAUUCUGUAUCUUAUCAUGAUUCCUGUAGGUAAAAGUACAAGAGACCUCUAGAUGUCUUUUCUUUCUAUGAAAGGAGCUGCUAUGUACACAUGUGCACACACAAAUACACACACACAUACAUAUACACAAAAAACUGGGAAUCAACAAUGAGUUUAUUGUUCAUGCUAGAUAAAAAUUAAGCUUGCAUAAAGGUUGGGCUAAAUGGUCAUGGACUACAGACUCUGUUGCCUUGAAUAAAAACAGUACAAUAUGUCAUUUACUCUGCACCAGACUGAAAUGAGUAAAAUCUAUUUGAAGGUAUCUUGUUUGUAAACAUUUGUCAGAUUCUAAUUUUUUUCUUUUUGUAUUAAAAUUCAAAAAUAUGGAUGUAUAUGAAACAAAAUAAAUGGAGAGAAUUUAUCUCCCACAGAUGGAA